AUGACCCAUUGGCAGCAGCAGCUACCCUUGACAGAUACACAAAAGAAUGAGCUCGAUAAAAGCGUGUUGCGAUACUUGAAUUGGAACUAUAAGCAAACAGUACAGCGUGACCGUGGUCAGGAUUACGAGAGUAUUCGGAACACCAUCGUAACUCUGUCUAAGUUUCUGUUAGAACCCGUGGACCAGCAAGAAUUUUCAAACGACAACGACGACAACAACAACAACGAAGGUAUAGCGGAUGUUGAUGAACUACUACUGCCAAGAAAAUGGAACUCCAUCGUCAGACUGCAGCGGAAAAUUAUUGACUUGGAACAAAACACAGAGGCUCUUGUAUCCCAGAUUAACGAUUUAAGCUCCCAAGUAGCAGAACUAUCACAAUCAAUGCCUCUCGCUAGUAGCGGUGCCAGCGCUCCAAACGUUUUGAAAUGGGUACCGAGAAGCUCACCAAACUAUUCGGUCAACGUAGAAUCGUCCAUUACGUCCAUAAAGUUACAUCCCAAUCUACCGAUAGUGUUCGUAGCCACGGACCAUGGCAAACUAUAUGCAUUCGAUCUACUGAACUACUCCAUCCCUUUGGCGUCUUUACAAACUCACACAAAGGCAAUAACUUUCAUCGACGUGUUGUUUACUAACUUUACGAAUGCGAACACUAAAAACCACUUACUGGUGGCUACUGCGUCCAAAGACCUGCAAAUCCAUGUUUUCAAAUGGAUCUCCAACGAAUGCAAAUUUCAACAAAUCAGAUCCUUACUAGGCCACGAACACAUCAUCUCCGCAGUGAAAAUUUGGCAGAAAAACAAUGACAUAUUCAUUGCGUCCUGUUCUAGAGACCAAACUGUUAAGGUUUGGGACUUCCACAACGGCUGGUCGCUGAAAUCAUUUCAGCCUCAUUCCCAAUGGGUACGCUCCAUAGACGUUCUAGGCGACUAUAUCAUCUCCGGGUCCCAUGACACUACAUUAAGAUUGACACACUGGCCGUCAGGUAAUGGUCUCAGCGUGGGCACAGGGCACGAGUUUCCCAUAGAGAAAGUGAAGUUUAUUCAUUUCAUUGAGGACCCGGCAAACGUAAGAUUCAGAACCCCAUCAACAACCCAAUACGAGAACUGGGGGGUUCAAUAUUGCGUUUCUGCGUCAAGAGAUAGAACGAUAAAAAUUUGGGAAAUACCUCUGCCCAGACUAAUGGCUCAUAGAGCCCCCAUACCGAAUCCCACAGAUUCGAAUUUUAAAUGCCUUUUAACGCUAAAGGGCCAUCUUUCAUGGGUUAGAGACAUUUUCAUCCGUGGUCAGUAUCUGUUUUCUUGUGGUGAUGAUAAAUCUGUUAGGUGUUGGGAUUUAAACACUGGGCAAUGUUUACAUACUUGGAACGAUUUGCAUUCAGGGUUUAUUAAUUGUCUGGACAUGGAUGUAGACUACGACUCCAAUAUUUUACCAAGACAAAUAAUGGUUACUGGUGGGUUAGAUAGUAAGUCUAGUGUCUUUAUGAGGUAA